AUGUCAACGAGAGGAAUGAGAGAAAAGUAUGGAAUCGAAACAUUGUACGAAGGAAAACAAUUGAUUGUUAGGAAGAAGCCCGUAAGAUUUCGUUAUAAAGUGGGCGAUAUGGUGCGAAUCGCUAAGACAAGGAUGACGUUUGAGAAAUCGUACUUACCAGGUUGGUCCGAGGAAAUAUUUAAGAUUGACAGUCGACAAGCAUCGCAUCCUCCAACCUACCGCAUCAAAGAUCUUAACGGUCAAGAAAUUCAGGGUAGGUUCUACGAGAAAGAGCUGCAAAAAGKCAAUAAACGCGACGAGGUUUAUCGCGUCGAGAAAAUCAUACGUAGACGACAAAGAAAGGGAGUGAAGGAAGUUUUGGUAAAGUGGCUUGGAUGGCCUCAAGACUUCAACAGCUGGAUACCGGAAAGUGAUCUGCUAUGA